GCGUCUCCCUCGUGGCGGUUGAUUUGUCGGCUUUAAGUCUCACGUUCUGGAGAGCAGAGUCAAGACUGAGAAGGUCCAAGAGGAGGUGCCGUCCGCGCUGCACUGAGACGCCGCCCGGGUGCCCCAUUCCAGCCCCGGCAAAGAGACCGCCGUGCCCGCGUCCCACCGCCGCUCCCGGCCCCGCUCCGCCCAGAGUGUCCGAUGGCGGCCGCGGCGCUUUGGGACCCGCCUCGGGCAUGUGUCACCUUUGAAGACGUGGCCAUUUACUUCUCCCAGGAGGAGUGGGGGCUCCUUGAUGAGGCUCAGAGAUGCCUGUACCGUGAUGUGAUGCUGGAGACCUUGGCACUUACAACAUCCCUGGAUUGUUGGUGUGGAGCACAGGGUGAGGAGGUACUUUCUGAGCAGAGCAUUUCUGUGGGAGUGUCACAGGUCAAGACUUCUCAGUCAGUUUCAUCGACCCAGAAGACUCACCCCUGUGAGAAGUGUGUCUCAAUUUUGAAAGACAUUUUGCAGCUGACUGAGCUCCAAGCAACAUAUCCUGGGCAGAAAUCAUACUUUGGUGGGGGGUCCAGGGACUUCUGGUUAAAUGAAAACCUUCACCAGUACCAAGAGCAUAGCAGUGGAGAAAAAAUCUUUAAAAUGGACAUGGACAGGGCCUCAGUUGUGAUGGGCUGCAGAUUCUAUAUGUCAAGAAAGCCCCUUCCCUGUGGGGAGGUUGGAAAGGACUUUCUAGUUACCUUGGGCCUUCUUCAGCACCAGGCCACUCCCAACGGUGAGAAGCCACACAGCAACAUUGAGUGUGGGGAGCCCUUAAACAGUGGAAAAAACCUUAGCAAGUGGAUUGAGAGCAGGAAAAUUUUUGGCAACACUCACACACUUCACCACCAGAGAGUCUGCACUGGAAAAGGUCUUGAUGAGUGUAGCAAAUGCAGAUAUGGAUUUGUUCAGCACCAACAAAUUCACAUUGGAAAAAGGCCUUACGGGUGUAGUGAAUGUGGGAAAUUCUUUAGCCGCAAAACCCACCUCAUUCGACACUGGAGAGUUCACACUGGAGCAAAGCCUUAUGAGUGUGGUGAAUGUUGGAGAUCUUUUAGCCAGAAAUCUGAUCUCAUUCAACACCAAAGAGUUCACACUGGAGAACGGCCUUAUGCGUGCUCUGAAUGUGGGAAAUCUUUUAUCCAGAAAUCCAUCCUCAUCAAACACCAGAGAGUACAUACUAAUGAAAGGCCUUAUAAGUGCAGUGAAUGUGGGAAAUCGUUUAGGCAAAGUUCUGGCCUCCUUCGACACAAGACUGUUCACACUAGAGCAAGGCCUUAUGAAUGCACUGAAUGUGGGAAGUCAUUUAGCUGUAAAAACCACCUCAUUCGACACUGGAAAGUUCACAGUGGAGUUAGGCCUUAUGAGUGCACUGAAUGUGGGAAAUCUUUUAGUGAGAAGUCUGUUCUUAAUCAACACCAAAGAAUUCAUAGUAGAGAAAGGCCUUAUGAGUGCAGUGGAUGUGGGAAAUCCUUUAGCCAGAAGUCUGUCCUCAUUCAACACCAAAAAGUUCACACUGGAGAAAGGCCUUAUGAAUGUGGUAAAUGUGAGAAAUCCUUUAGCCGCAAAACCCACCUCAUUCGACACGGGACAGUGCACACUGGAACAAGGCCUUAUGAGUGCAGUGAAUGUGGGAAAUCCUUUACUCAGAGCUCUGGCCUUCUUCGACACAGGAGAGCUCACAUGCAGGGAAUGUAGGAAAUUCUUCAGCUGCAAACAUCAAAGAGUUCACACUGGGGAAAGGCCUUGUGUAUGCAGGGAAUGUGCCUUUCUCUUAGUAUGAUUGUGUUGGGGGAAAGGCUCUGUGAGAAACCCUCUUCCUGAAUUGAAUCUCAUGUCCAAAUAUUCACAGACUGGGGAUUGAUUCACCAUAAAUUUUGCAUUAUGUGGGACAUGUGUAUAACCUGCCCAGGUACCUUGCCAGAUAGAUCUCUGCCAGUUUCAUCCUACCUCUAGCAUCUGGCAGGUCCUCAGUUGGCAUCAGUCACUGCCGCAGUAUGCUCAGUGCGUCUGGCCUCUCCUCUCCCAUUUGUUGGGGGAAAUUGUGUCCUGAGCCUUGCAGGCUCUUCAUCUUUUCUCUGACAAGUUAGGGCACAGGGCUAACCCUGUGUUGCUCCAGAGAAGGUGGUCUGAGUUCUGCUACUAGCCUGUAGGGAACUAGCUUUUCCGGGGACACACUUGGUCUCAGGUAGUGCUUGUGGUGAAGAGUUCCAACUUCCAAGUCACCAAACCAGAAAUUGCCUCUUGCACAUUGCUCUGGCUUAUGCAAUAAUAAAGGCCUUUUUGUUUAAACA